AUGAAGCUUCAUCUCCUCUUAAUUAUCCUCGUGGCUAGAGCGUUCAAUCUGUGCAGCCAAGUUCUCGCCAGCCCGGUCGAACUUUCAACCUCUCCGACUGGCAUUGUUGUUAGCUCCUCCACUCCUUCGUCCAAAAUCGAGCUCUGGCGUGGAAACGGUACAUAUGGCAGCAAUAACAAGAACGAUCAACAUGUUGUCCACGAAGCUGCUCCUCAGAAUCCGCCAAAUGAUCACACCAAACUUAAGGUGGUCGGUUUGGUCAUUAUCUUCAUUGGCGUCCUUGUUUUUGUGUUUCAACUUCAAGACCUCGCGGAGCGCUCACCAAGAAGAGUCAACUUUCAAGAUGAAGCUCCAGUUCUUCAUUCUAAUGGCCAUCCUUUCAACACUCUCCCUCCAAAGCCCGGUACUGGGACAACCGACUACAUCUCUCUCCAUUUCAGCCAGCUUCUCGCCAGCACGCCUGCCUCAAUUUCGCCGACGGUCAAGCUCCUGGGUCAAGACUCUAAUAACGGCAGUGACAAUGGAGAUCUCACCAAGGCUGAGGAGACUACGAAGAGUUUGCUAAAAGGCCUCGCAAUCAUUGGGGUCAUGGUAGCCACGCUAUGUGGUUUCCUUGGAGUUCUAAUCUACUGCUAUUGCACAUCAAAGGAGCGCAAGGCAAGGUUGGAAGUGGAAGCUGCCGCUGGCGAUGGACAGGGAUAUGAUGAUAAUGGAAAGGGGUACAAUGUUGACAGGCAGGUCUACGAAGGUGAUGGACAGAACUAUGAAGGUGAUGCAAAGGGUUAUAAAGGUGAUGGAAGGGCAUACAAUGGUGGUGGAAAGGGCUAUAAGGGGAGACGCCUCGAUUGUCGGAUUCUUGUCUUCUUUUCUAGGAACAUUGUGGCAGGGGGUAGUCAAGUGGUUGGAGUGCGUGGAAUUCGGUUGUUUGGCAUCGAUUCACUCUGCGGGUGUUGGGAAUUUAGGCAAGGGAAAAUUUAG